AUGUCAAAAUAUUUGUGCCUCAGCACAAGGGCGGUGCAUAUUGAGGUGGUCUCCGACUACACCGCGGAAGCAUUCCUGGCAGCAUUGCGGCGGCUCACGGCUCGGCGGGGUCUCUGUCGCUCCCUUCACAAUGACUGCGGCACCAACUUUGUCGGCGCCGACGCGCAGCUCCGAGCGUUUUUCGCCGCCAGCAACCCGGAACAGCGCCACAUCGCCGAUCAGCUGGCCAGCGACCGGAUUCAAUUAUGCUUUAACCCCCCGGCAGCACCUCAUUUCGGCGGUCUUUGGGAGGCAGCGGUGAAGUCGCUCAAGCACCAUCUCCGCAGAGUGCUGGGCGAGACGACUCUAACAUAUGAGGAGAUGAGCACCCUCCUCACGCAAAUCGAGGCUUGCCUGAACUCUCGGCCUCUCCAGGCACUAUCUGAUGACCCGGACGAUCUGGCGGCCCUGACACCGGGGCACUUCCUAGUGGGAUCGGCCCUCAACGCGCUUCCCGAGCCAAGCCUCCUGGAGACACCAAUUGGCCGCUUGUCCAGAUGGCAGCAACUCCAGAGGAUGCGCGAUCACUUCUGGGCCCGGUGGUCCUAG